AUGGGCACCCCGCUUGGGGCGUGCUCGACGGGCCUGGGCUCCGGCCUGGGCUCCGGCUUGGGCUCCGGCCUGGGCUCUGGCCUGGGCAUGGGCUCGCUGGGCGGCCUGGGCGUGCAAGGUAUGCCAGGCCAGGGCAUGCAGGGCAUGCAGCAGGGCAUGCACUGGGACUGUGUGGUUCGCGGCGCCCCAUGCGGCGCGUCUUGCGGGGCCUCCUCCGCCUCUUCAUCUUACGCCGGCUGGCCGUUGGCCAUGCCCUCCUCGUCCUUGACGUCGUCCUUAACGUCGUCCCUGACGUCGUCCCCCGGCGGCGGCGCGGGUGGCAGUGCAAGCAGUGUAGUGGCGCACGCCCCCGCGGCCGCUUCCUGGCUGGACCCCCUUGGCUGUGAUAAGACUGGCAUGGACUGGUACCUGCACAAGUCCAUGGUCGGGCAAGUGGACUGGGGGACGUCGCCGUCGUCGUCCUCGUCCGCGGUAUAUCUUUCUAUGACUGAAUUAGCUAAGCUUAAACAACUCUUCAUAGUAUGUCAUUUGCCACAGCAAUCACAACAACAGUUCUCCUGA